AUGUUUGAUCUUUUCUUGGAAGGAGCCCUAUACCCAGAUGGAACGUCUGGAAAAAACAAGAAUGAUGACAUGGUUCCUCCUGGCAAAAACUAUACCUAUGUCUGGCCAGUCAGAGAAGAAUAUGCACCUACUUCAGCGGACGCCAACUGCCUGACCUGGGUGUACCAUUCACACAUAGACGCCCCUAAGGACAUCUGCUCUGGGCUAAUUGGCCCCCUGCUGGUGUGUAAGCAAGGUAUCCUGAAUAGAUAUUCGGGGACAAGGACUGAUGUGGAUCAAGAGUUUGUUAUAAUGUUUACUCUUGUGGAUGAGAAUCAAAGCUGGUACCUCGAUGAAAAUAUCAGACAUUUCUGCACUGACCCCAAUUCAGUUGACAAAAAAGAUGCUGUUUUCCAGAGGAGUAACAAAAUGCAUGCUCUCAAUGGAUACCUCUUUGGUAACCUUCCCGAGCCUGAAAUGUGUGUUGGUGAAUCCGUGUCCUGGCACCUAUUCGGAAUGGGGAAUGAGAUAGACAUCCAUACCAUCUAUUUUUAUGGUAACACCUUCAUCAGCAGAGGGCAUCGGACUGAUGUUGUCAACCUGUUCCCAGCCACCUUCCUCACAACAGAAAUGAUAGUCGAGAAUCCUGGGAAGUGGAUGAUAACGUGCCAAGUCAGUGACCACCUACAAGCUGGUAUGCUGGGGCAAUACAAUGUUGGUACCUGCAAAAGUGAUAUUUCUCAGCCCAAGAUGAAGGGUCAACAGAGGCGCUACUUUAUAGCAGCUGAAAAAAUUCUUUGGGAUUAUGGUCCUCAAGGUUAUAACAAAUUCAGUGGCCUACCUCUAAAUGCCUCUGGCAGUGACUCUGAGCUCUACUUCACACAAGGGGACAACAGAAUUGGAGGAAAAUAUUGGAAGGUUCGGUAUACGGAGUAUGUCGAUGCAACUUUUACUCAGAGAAAGAGACUCUCUGGGACAGAAGCCCAUCUUGGAAUUCUUGGCCCAGUCAUUAAGGCAGAGGUGGGUGACACCCUGUUAGUGACCUUUGCUAACAAAGCUGACAAGGUCUAUAGCAUUUUGCCCCAUGGCGUGAUUUAUGACAAGGCCUCCGAUGCAACCCCAAACAUAGAUGGAUUUCUGAAACCAGGGGCACAUGUUAAACCAGGUGAAACCUUCACAUACAAGUGGAUGGUGCCUGAAAGCGUAAGCCCAACAGCUGGAGAUCCUCCCUGUCUGACCUAUCUUUACUUCUCAGCAGUCGAGCCAAUCAAAGACACUAGCUCUGGCCUUGUAGGGCCUUUGCUAGUCUGUAAAAAGGGUGCUCUCAAUGCUGAUGGGACACAG